AGAGCUGUCAGUCAAGUUUAUAAGAGGUAUAAGUGCGAGACACACGCGCCGGUCAGGCCGUACCAGCUCAUCGCCUGGCAACACCCCGUUAAGGCUCAGCCUGAUGGUAUCACAUGUAAUUACUCUACAAAUCAAUACUGAUGUGGGCUAAGUGAAAUACCACGGCGCUGGAGAGUGGAUGUGCACGGAUGUAGUCCUGCGUAAAUUUGUGCGAGAGGCGCGCAUCUCUCCAGAGGCGCACGAGACUCGGGCGCUGGAUCUGCUCUGAGCGCGUUUUUCUGUCUGGAAAAAAAAGAGGAUUCAUCAACGCUAGGUAGGUGUGCGACUUUUCUGAUAGUAAGGGUGUGAUAUUUGGAUGUUUUUGAUAAGAUUUCUGCGUCGAACUGUUUGUCAGUACAGAAAAUAUUCAGAGGAAAAGGCGCAACAGGCGCAUCAUUGGAACAUCAAUCCAAACAAUUUGAGGGAUUUUUCUCUCUGAAGUAAUUCUUGAAAUUAUUGAUUAUACUUGAAUUGAUAAGCUUGUUCUUAAUAUGUCCUUGACGUGUCCUUUGAUGGUUAAACAGAUCUGAUCCAAACACUGACAAUAUGAAUCCCUUAAACUGAUGGGCGUGUAACCAAACAGUGUGUCGGAUGUAAACGUGUCCUUGAGCAGAGAGGCUGUCGAUUUGCAGAGAAAGUAUGAAAAUAUGAAACAUAUUUGCUCCAACAGAUCCAGUCACUUGUUGAAUAUCAGGAAUAGUGGGAUUGUGAGAUUACUUCUGCAAAAUGAGGUUUGAAUAAAAUCACUUUCACACCAUAUGUGGGAUUUUGUUGCAUUAGUUUGGUGAACAGCCUCCUGCUGACAAUCUCGAUGAGAUGAGAGAGCUGGUCUGUGGAUUCAGUGAUGGAGGAAAAUAGACUCACUGACUCAUUUUUCUCAUAGGUGAUUCACCUAUUGUAACUUCUUUAUCAUGUCAUUACCAGCUUUUUUCUUUAAUGCAUGCUUUACAUUUCAGAGCCUCUGUUGAGGUGGUAAGAGUUUAUUUUAGGUGUGAAAAUUGUGAUCAAAUCAGCAGAAAUCCAACCUUUCAAAAACAAAAUUUCAACUGAUGUUGUUGAGAGAAAGUCUUUUCAUUCUCCGUCUCAUCUGCUCACAAAAAUAAUUUCACUAUGUCAACAUGUAAUCCUCAUUUUAUUUCAUACUAACCUGCAAAUUACAGUGAAUUCUAAGUGCAACACAUCUUUACAAAAUGAGUCCCUGCUGAGUGAAAACAUCAUCCUUGUGCAACAAUUCAUAUGCUUUUACUACCAUUAUCCUGGAUGUUAAAUUUAGUUGAACUCAAUGGACCUAACACAUCCUGUGCUGUGAACAUAAACAGAGUGUAAGAACAGAUAAUUAUCAUGAGUACAUCUGAGUCAUGGGAGGGCUGAAACAUUCAGUGGUUCUGCUGUGGUAGCGGUAUUGAACAAACAAUCCGUAUGUCAGCAAUAAACCCACACCUUUAGCAUCUGCUGGAGUUUACUGAAUAUAAUCGGGUUUGACAGAAACUCAGUCAUAUUCUAAGUGGAGGACAAAGUACAUUCCUGGAUUACUUAAGUGAAAGUUUAGAUAUUCCUGUAGAAUAUUACUCAAUAGAAGUGAAAGUUGCUCAGUCAUAUUUUUACUUGAGUACUUGAUCCCAAAAAUACUGAAGUAACAUAUUGUAAAGCUGCUGUAAGGAACUUUCUGGUUGCAUUGUCUUUGGCGCCCCUUGUGGACAAAGUGAUCCUAGCUGAUUGAACCUCUUUAUGUCUAAAGCUGUGUCCGAAAUGAAUCACUUAAUCCCUAACCUCUAACCCUCAUAUGGGGUUUCAUAUAGCUGACUAUGUAGUGAACUCAAUCAGCGGAGGUUUCCGACACUACAUGGCGCACCGUUGUGACGUCACUGCUCAUACUGCUGCGUCUGAAAUUGUGGCUGUUGUUUUCACAUUUUCACAUUUCACAUUCUCUUCCAGGAUGUUCGUGAAAUAAAAAAAAAUAAAAUAAAAAACAGUAAAUUAAUAAUUAAAUUAAAAAAACUUUUAUUUUCAUGCUGUAUAUUGUUUGUAGCAUCAUAUUGUGCACGGGACUAUAUGACGCGGCAAAAAAAUGUCUUUCGAAAACCGUACGGAUCCCUUGCGAGUGAAGUGAAGAUAAAAACUUAGGCUGAAAAUGACAAAUAGAGCUCGGGUUCUGUCUCUUCUUGCUCUCGUCAUCUCCAUCUUUGAAGUGCCGCUGGAGACACAAUGCAUGACGGGAUGCCCACCACCUGUGAGUGACCAUCGGAUGGUCAAUACAUUUUGCAAUGCUCUAUGGGAAAUUUUGAGUAAAGGAGGCAGUAGCAGCUUUAGGGGUUUUAUUUGACGGUUUGAUGGUUGUGGAAGUGAGCUCUGAAGUCCAGGGAGUGAUGGAGAUCCGUGGUGAGCGCUUGAGAAUGUACAGGUAAUUGUUCCGUGAGAGAGUGUGGUGGUCGUGGCAGAGGUUGGGCAACACUGGUGGUGAGCGGAGGCACUUUGAAUAAUUAUAGAAGUACAAUCACUUUGCUCAAGACUAGCCAAGACACCGCUGUGAAAGCUGGAAUCAUGUGGCGUUCUGUGGUCUUCCAGGCAGAGCUUAAAAGCAGGAGGUGAUUACAUGAUGAGGUGCAGGUGUGAAGGUGCAGGUGGAGCCUGUGCUGAUUGAGAGCUGCCCAACCUCUGUGAAGGGGGAGAGAGACUGAGUCCAGAAUGCCAUCUUGAGUUGCACACAGAGUAAUCGUGACCUUUUGGUCACUUUUGUAGGUCAUAAAAAAAGCUUUGUUGAUUUCAGUCCAUUUUAUGAACACUUCAAAACUUCUCACAGGGAUUCAAACAUGGUUACAUGUUUUGAAUACAUGUGUGGAGUCAAGAAUACAUAGAUAUAUACACUUAAACUUUGUCUUUAUUAAACUCACAUAUAGUAGAUUUCCAGAUCUCCAAAACAGUGGGAUCAGUCUUGAACCAUGAGGACACAGAGAGUAAAAGGUACCAAAGGGAUAUUAACACGACUGAGUCAAACUAAUGCAGUGGUGCAUGGACUGUUUUCUUAUUUUCUGAUUGAAUUUUAAGAAAGAAAAAAAAAAGAAACUUCUAUUUGUUAGAUUUCUUCAGAACAAAAGUAUAAGUAAUGAGAACAUUCACAGAAAUGUCGUAUAAAACAUUCGCCCCCGGAUUCAUUCUCCAGUAAAGUACGAAUAAUUAAGCCCAGAACUCAAGAGAGUUUACCUUUUUGCUCUCCAGUAAGCAACAAAGAUUUUAAUAGGACUGAAAAUGUGCUUGUAAAGGUCAAGGAUUACAGAGAAACCUGUUUUUUAAAGGCUGUGGCAUAUUCGUAUUCUGAGGUGGAGAGGAACAUGUUCGACAUCUGUGCAUGUUUAAUUAUAGUUCCCUCUUUUCCAGGUUGUCAUCAACCCCCUGAGGAUGGAGGGCACAGGCAGCGGCUGGUCAGCUGAUCUUACCCCUCCCUGUGUGAUGCUGCAUGAGCUGAACGCGAAUGAUAGCGGUCAGGUAUUCGAGGUGGCUCUGCAGAACAGCUCCUCCAAGCGCAGCAGCAGCCCUCAGUUUGUGGGUGUGGAGCUGCUGCAGUCCUUCAAGCUGCUCAUCAUCCCCUGCUACACCCUGGUGGCUCUCGUCGGCGUCUUCGGAAACUACUUGCUCCUCUAUGUCAUCUGCCGCACGCGAAAGAUGCACAACGUCACCAACUUCUUCAUCGGAAACCUGGCCUUCUCCGACAUGCUGAUGUGCGCCACGUGUGUGCCUUUCACGCUGGCUUACGCCUUCAACCCUCAUGGUUGGGUGUUCGGCCGCUUCAUGUGCUACCUGGUGUACCUGAUCCAGCCUGUGACGGUGUAUGUGUCAGUCUUCACUCUCACCGCAAUCGGCGUGGACAGGUAGGUGUGGACAGGAUCCUGGGGGAUUCUGUCGAGCCUUAUCAACAUGCAUAUUGCACUCCCCUAAAAGUCAAAGAUUAUCAGCUCUGGGUUGAUUAUUCAAAUAUCAUAGUGUGUAACUCUAAUUGCACUUGCUCUCCUAAGAUGCAUCAACGAUAACAGCUAAUGAAGUGAAUUCUCCAUGCACACCAGGACAUCAAAUGAAGCUUGAGUAUUUAAUAAGUAACUCUGUGAAAAGAGAGUUAAAUGGACCGCAUUGUGGAUCCUCUCUAACUCUCAACAGAUCAACCUUUCAUUUGAGUUUUUUUCAAAGUAAACAUGUCUGAUUAAAAGACACAUAGGCAGGAUAGUUGGACAGACUGCAGACAUUCUCUUACAAGACUCCAGGAAUUCCUGAUUGAAUACUGAGUUUUGUGUGCCGACCUUGCAUACAGAGAGCUAAAUUUAACUUUUUCUGAAGCUGAAAGCAAAGGGUGCUUUCUAUUUAGCAUUCCCCGCAGUUCUGUGGCUCUCUAUUAUUUGUGCUGUCUACCAGCUGUGCUCCUCAUUGAUGACUGUUAUUGGCAAGCGAUGACUUGUGGAUACUGUUAUUAUUUUCCCCCUGCACUCAUCGCCAGUUUAGGCCAUUUUCCAUCAUCACCACAGUUUGCAUGCUUAUAAUCUAAUUUGGCUGAUGUGCCCUCUCUGUUUUUCUAUAGGUAUUACGCCACGGUUCAUCCUUUGAAAAAGCGCAUCUCUGUCCUGGCGUGCACCUACCUUCUGUCUGGGAUCUGGCUGCUCUCCUGCGGUUUAGUGGCUCCAGCCGUGGCUCACACCUACCACGUGGAGUUUAAGAACGAGGGCUUCACCAUCUGUGAAGAGUUUUGGAUGGGCCAGGAAAGAGAGCGGCUGGCCUACGCGUACAGCACCCUCUUCAUCACCUACGUUCUGCCUCUAUCAGCUCUCUGCAUAUCGUACCUGUGCAUCUCCGUCAAACUGAGGAACUGUGUCGUACCCGGACACCACACCCAGAGCCAGGCGGAGGCCCAGCGCAUAAGAAAGCGCAAGACCUUCCGCCUGGUGAGCCUGGUGGUUGCAGCAUUUGGCGUGUGCUGGAUGCCCAUCAGUGUGUUCAACGUGCUGCGAGACAUUGACAUCAACAUGAUCGAUAAGCGCUACUUCCUGCUCAUUCAGCUGCUGUGUCACCUGUGCGCGAUGAGCUCCUCUUGCUGUAACCCUUUCCUCUACGCCUGGCUGCACGACCGCUUCCGGGCCGAGCUUCGCAAAAUGUUCACAUGCCGCCGUCGCAUCGGGAUCUCUGCUAACAACUGCGCCACAGCCAGUGUCGUUCUGUGAAGCUCUUGUACUUUAGUCUGCCUUUGCUUCUGUGUACUCUACAGUGUGCUCAUAUCAUUCUGGCAACAUUAGCUUUACGCAGUAACAGACAGCUGCAGGUAUGUAAAAGUGCUUUACUACUGCAAGAUUUACCCAGUACCAGGAACUUUCAAAGAACUCAAUUCACUCCCAACACAGGGAAGUCUCAAUGGUUCUGUCAUCAAAGAAAGGGUGACCAUACGUCCUCUUUGUCCACGGUUUAGUACGUAAGUUUCGAGUUGGUGUCACCUGGACUUACUGAGUAAGAAGCACGUAAAAGACACUUGGUCCGACCCGAAAAACUCUCAAAAUUAACUUUGUGCGACUCUGUGACUUCGCCCCGUGUGGUUGUGUCCUCUUUUUGGGAAGUCAGAAUAUGGUCACCCUAUCAAAGGUAACACUUAACAAAACACUGUUAUCCUUUAAUGCUGUUUUAUUUGUAUGCUAACUCAUUAAGUUAGUUAGUCAGUGUUGUAGUAGAAGCAGCUGCAGCUCUAGACCAAGAAAUUACUUCAGAAUCCACUAUUGUUGUUGACAAAGUUGAUAUCAGAGACCCCGCCCCCUCUUGGUUUUGAUUGGUCAGUGAUCAAGAAACAACAGUGACAAGCUGGAUUGUUGCAAAAGUUGAUCUUCUGUUACUAAACAAGGGCAGCAGCUAAGCUCAGGUGAGGGUGUGUUGGGGUUAGGGUUAAGGUUAGCCUCUAUGCAUCUUUGUGCAGCACUAGAUACACUGAACUGUAUGAGUUUGAGUUGGAAAUACUGUUGGCACUGCCAGCACAUCUCUACAUCUUGGUGGAACCACAGACAUUACUUGGCAUAAGGGGUCGUAAGUCAACUCCAGAACCAGAAGUCCCAGGUACUUCGACGUAAACUGCCUAUGGUGGUUCUUCUUGGACCACAUCAUCGGUACCAUAAAUUCGGGGCUCUUCUCAUCUUUUCAUUUUAACAAGAAGCGAAAAUGUUUCAAACAACUGGACAGUCAUUUUCACCCAGGCACUUGAAAGUAGAAUUUAUGGGUGACUUAUUUUCGGCCUAUUUAGCUGGACUGUUACAAUCAUUUGAGCAGCAGGGUGAAUAGAGGAUUGACUGGAAAUAAAUGGUAGCUCUUCCGCUGAUAAUAAUGAGAGAUCAUGUCAAACUGUCUCAGCUACGAGCUUCACGUAUUUUUCAACCUGGGGUUGUAUUUCUGCUCUGAAAUGAUCAAAAAUGAAAUUGCACACAAUUAUUGAAAUCAUUAUAAGAUACUUUCCGGAUGGCUCUGCCUGUAGAUAAAACUUCAGAUUGUACUUUCUCUCCUCACUUGAAAUGAAUCACCUCCUUUUAUGAAAAAUAAUAAUGCUCAUUGUCAGUGUCUGUCUGAAAAGAAUCUAUUGUACACAAUCAAAUGUGCUUUUUUAUUUCUAUAGCAACAUUUGUACGUUCUUCUUGUUGGUUAAGAACAUUUUUAUUUAUAUAAAUGUUGUACAGGCCACAAUUGUUGUCCUCUAGCAAAGACUAAACAUCCAUAUAGGCUAUAGAUACACCAUACAGCUUGUAUAGUGAGUUUAAAUGUUCAAAUUAUCUAUAUGUUUUUCAUUUAUCAUUGAAUUUUCUUCACAACUGUUGUAAAUAAUUGCUGAUACAACAAAGUGGUGUUGCAAUUAGUGUCUUUAUUUCAAAUAAAACCACAUAUUUGCUUGGUA